CAAAAAAAACACGUGUCAUAUUGGUGAGAGAACGAAACUAAAGUUUAAUAUUUUUCUCUUCAUAAAAAGAAAACCCAUUCUCUCUCUUUCUCUCAUUCUGAAAAUCUGAAAUUCAGAAAAGAAAAGAAAAUGGAUUCAACAUCGAAAAACGAAACUCCAGAAUAUUACCAAAACGUCGUCGUAAUGAGACACGGCGAUCGCAUCGACAACUUCGAUCCGCUAUGGACACUCACAGCGCAACGACCGUGGGACCCACCUCUCGUUCAAGAGGGUCGGGUUCGGUCCUUCUGCACGGGUCGGAAGUUUCGCAAUCUUUUCAAAUAUCCGCUUCAUCGUGUCUUCGUUUCACCGUUCCUCCGCUGCGUUCAGACCGCCGCGGAAGCCGCUAUCGCUCUCUCCGCCGUCGAUGAUAGCCCCGAAGCACUCACCGGAGAGUCUGUUAGCUUCGAUCCUUCUAAAAUUAAGGCCUCUGUUGAAUAUGGAUUAUGUGAAAUGAUGAGCAGAAUGGCCAUUAGGCUUGAUGUGGCUCCUAAAGAUGGAAACUGGGGUUUCAACAUAUCAGAGCGCGAGGCCAUGCUUCCGGCAGGGACGGUUGAUAAAAAUGUAGAAAGGGUCUAUAAAGAGUUGCCUAAGUAUGAGGAGCCGAUUGCAAGCACGAAGGCUAGAUAUGAGCAAAUAGUUAAAGAUCUUGCUGAUAAACAUCUGAAUGAAAACUUGCUUCUUGUCACGCAUGGGGAAGGAGUUGGUGUGGCUCUAUCUUCAUUCAGAAAGGGUGCUGAAGUAUAUGAAGUUGACUAUUGUGGAUAUGUCGAACUAAGACGCCCGAUUUUCAAGAAAGACAGGUCAUUUACUGCAGGAGAAUUCGAAGUAAUUACUAAUACCGGACAAACUGGCGUAAAAUAUUCCAUCUAAAGUCCUUGGAGCAACGACAUACAUCAGUUAAAAUUCGUAUUGGCCUUCCCAACGCCAGAUUCUCACUUAUCACUCUACUUAUUCUUACAGUGGAGUUGCUCUGCAUAUUCUUCUGCACUCUUAUGAUUUUUCCUUGAUCGAAUAGUAAACAUAGGAGAGAAAGAAAUCGAAAAUUGGUGGAAUUUAUGUUGCUAUUUUAUUGUGAAGAUACUACUUGUUUGUACAAUAAUAAUGAAUUAUGUGGCUAUGAACCAAAGUGAGAUGAUCUUAUUUGAGCUUUUAA